AAUUACUUUAAUAGUUUGCACAGGGUACUCGUGUAGUGAAGUUUUUUGGUGUCUUAAAAAAAAUGCGUCGCUCAAAAAUGAACAUCAAUCCGGAUCUCGGUGAUUUAGAGGAGAUGUUAGCUCACGUCCAAACUCAACUGGAACAGGAGAUCGAUUUGGAGCAGAAAUCGAAAAUGCCUUCGAUAACCAGCGUCCAAGAAUCACCGAAGUCAGUGAAGAGGAGUACGUCUUUCAAUCGUUCCGAUUGCGAGCUCCGUAGGGCUCCUAAGCCGCCUAUCCACAGUAAUUCUAUUACGAACCACCAUGGACCCUGCGAGGGCAGCGAGGAAUACAGUCAACCUAUCACGAAUAACCUUCGAGGCUCCCAAACCAGUCUCAAAUAUGAUGAGAUGGGCUCCAGAAUAUCGUUUCAGUCUUUCCGGUCAGAGCCGGUACAAAGGCACUCCGUUCUUAGUUUACCCGACAAAAGAGGAUCGUCUUCAUCUUUGAACGGCCGAGCUAAAACCGCCACGCUGCCCAGGGGAUACGGGUCGACGAAGGAGUCCAAUUGGGACGAAUAUUGGGCUAAUGAACAGUCAAUAAGCAGCGCCCGCGCCUCCGUCAUGGUGUACGACGAUGGGCAGAAGCGCUGGGUACCUUCGGGCAGCUCGUCCGGCCUGUCCAAGGUCCACAUCUAUCAUCACACCCAGCACAAUACCUUCAGGGUGGUGGGCAGAAAACUUAAUGAUCACGAGGUGGUGAUAAACUGCGGAAUUGUGCGAGGUCUAAAGUACAACCAGGCGACCGCCACGUUUCACCAGUGGCGCGACGCUAGACACGUUUACGGCCUCAACUUCUCCUGUAGAGAGGACGCGGAUAGCUUCGCGAGGGCUAUGAUGCACACAUUAGAGAUACUAGCGAACAAGCCGAACGUGAACUCAGCGCCGCCGCCCCCUCAGGCCCUAAACCCGCCCGCCCCCUACAACGGCCACAACAACACGUACAACCACGACGAGGACAUGGGGUACAGAACGAUGACAAGAGAAGACGCAGCGAUCCUUCAACAGCAGCCCCAAUACCACGCUGCACAGCACCAGCCUCACCAGAACCACCAGCAAUACCAUCCGCCGAGCCAGUACCACGCGCCGCACCCACACCCGCAUCAGGCGCAAGCAACGCCCCCUGCUCCGCCCCCUCAUGGGGUUCACCACACGCUGCCUCAUCAGCCCAGUCAACCGACACCAGGACAUCACCGCACUAACAGCGCUCCAAUGGCCCCGAACAUGUCCCUAUCGGCGGCUGGUCCCCCCGCGCCCCCCGCGCCGCCCCCCGUGCCCCCCCACCAGAACCUGGCGCCGACCAACAAUGGUCCAGUAGCGCCACCGACUCCGCCCGCGGCGCCACAACCACCACCGAUGCAGCAAGUUCAGCAGCCGGCCCCAGCGCCGAGCGCCGGCCCUCCACCCCCGCCCCCGCCGCCGGGCGCCCCGGGCCCCGCCCCCCCGCCGCCGCCGCCCCCGCCCCCGCAGCCCGACCUCACGGGCCUCGCUGCACAAUUACAGCAGGCUAGACUUAAGAGACAGGCCAAGCAGCAAACGACACCAACAACGACGGAGGCCGCGUCUCCGAGCGGCGGAGAGCACUCAGGGUCCUCCUCAUCGUCAGCCGGCAGCGGCGGCGCCCGCGGCACCCUGCACUGCAUGAUGAACGAAAUGGCCAGGACCCUCGCGCGGCGGAGGGCGCACCUCGACAGGGCGGAGGAGUCGUCGACGGAGAGCUCCGUGACGUCGACUCCGCUGAAGACCUGGGAACGCAGCGCCACCCUCCCGCACCGCCUCCCAGCCGCCUGCAAUGGGACCACAGCCACCCCGGAGUCGGCGGGGCAGCCGCCGGCGCAGUCCCCGCGCUCGGUGCGAAAGCGCUUCGGUUCCGCCAGCGAGGAGACCAUUCUAAAGCAAGUGAACGGUGGCGAGGGAGGCUGCGUCACGGCUGCAGAGUGGGACGCCUUCAAGCAGGAGAUGAUGAAGGAGAUGCGCAAGGAACUUAACAUCAUGAAACGAGAAAUUAUUGAUGCUAUGAAAGCGGAGUUCUCCCGCAGGUAAGGGAGACGAGCGAAUCCGGAGUGAAUGCUAGUCGACCGCACACGAUAUCAGAACAAAUAUUUUAAAAAUAAAACUCCAUUAUUACUAUAUAAUAAUACGUACGAUACUUAAUUGUAUAGAAGUAACUGUUGGCAACACAUGUACACGUACUCUUUGUGCUUCAGUGUUGCCAAUCGAUAAAAGAAAGUAUUUAAACUAAGAGUUGCAAACGUGUACGUAAUGCUGUUUCGGCUAUUCGUAAGUGCUCCAUUUACAAGGUUACGGAUGAUUUGCGUAUUAUCGUUAUGGCAUCGCCCAUGGACAGCAGCGCGACGGGGCAGCCUUAAACUACCGUACAAUACCUUCGUUGUAUGUGGGUUUCUAAAUUACCAUGAGUAGCUUGUUACGGCUUUAUUAGUCAAUAUGAGCGAUGCAAUAAUGAAGCUACGACUUCACAUAGUACUCUCUGCGGAACUUAGAGUUGUCACAUCACUCGUUUGAAUUCUCGUAAAAAUUAGAUUUGAAGAAAAUUUGAUUUUUAGAAUCAGAUUUGAUUAGUCAAUUGAGCUGGUGGUGUCUCCUGGUGUUAAGAGUAAGAGAGUGUCGGUUGUCAUGGAAUACUUGACUGACAACCUUGGGCAGUGAAACCCGCAGCCUAAAAACAGUUUUUUCAUGUUCUUUUGUCCGUAUUGUUUCGAUUGCGCAAAAUAAAACGAAACUGGAAAAUGGAGCCUUAACGAAAAUGAAAUAGAAGUCAAUUUUAAAUGAUUGAUUCAGAUGAUUUCUAUAAAAUGUCUCAGAGCUACAUGAAUACACGAGUGAUUGUUUAUCAUAAAGAAAAUUAGAGUUUUUUUUUUUUUUUAUUGUAAGCAAUGGAAAGCUGUAACUGCAUUUGUAUAAUUUUUUGAAAGAAGCACUGCCAUUUUAGAAAUACCCUCACAUAAAGUAAACUAAAAUAUCUGUUCGAAUCACGAGCUGCGGUUAAAUGUGAUUUAAAAACUAAACAUAUUAAAAUAUAAACAACGACGGUCAGGCAACACAGGACAAUCGAUGUUGCCAUUUAAAAAAAUAUAUUGUAAAAUCGAUAAUCAUUUAGAUAAUCGACUAAACGACGAAAUCGUCACAUAGACUUAUUCAAGCACGAAUAUCGAAGCAUGAGUUGUUUUUUUUUUAAUUUUAUACUUAAAACGCAUAUAUUUAUUGUAUUACGUAUGUGUACGUAGUUUUUAAGGCGACCGCGUGUUCGACCGUUGCUUUUGUACGCAUUAGAUUCGUAGUGUGUCGAACGUGUCGCAGCGGUCCGUGGGCUGCAUCUGGCAGCAUAGUUUUAAAAAAUUAAGUCAUAAAGAAGAAAUCACUUUCAUAUGCAAUGCUUCGUUUGUAUUAUUACUGUUAUUGUUGGCUAGGGUUCAAGAUAAAUUAAAAUUCUUACCGAAGUACAAAUUAAAACUGUAUUAGCACUUCUUCC